AUGGAGCAGUCGAGGUACAAGCCUGCCUUGGUGGCGUUCAUGUCGUUCAAGGACGGCGUUAACUACUCCGCGGACAUGAACUUCAGUGAACAAGCUCGGCUAAAUAUUACCUCCGAGCAACUCUGCAGAUGGAUGAACCACCGUGCAUACGGAAGUGAACAACCAACGAAAGACAUGAAGCCAACACACGCUCGCUCAUCUACUCUAGAGUUGUACAAGAAAGCCAUUUCGUCGUUUAUGCCGCGUCUUACUAUUCCAUGGGACAACGUCCGGCAUGAAGGCAACCCUACUCGUUCUGAGGCCGUCAACCAGCUCAUUAAGACGGUGAAGCGCUUCGAAGUCCGUCACACCACGACUGCUCACAAAGACUUCGCAGCAAUGCAUUCGCAGUUUUUUGGUGUUAAGCGAUACAUCGGCGAGGUAAUGAGCGAGGUGAUGCGUUUGCGAACUGAGAUACAACGUGAGCUCCAUACAAUAAAGGCGAGCGUGAACAGGAUUGCAGUGCAGCCGGUGAUACGCCAAAUACAUGGUAGCAGAGUCGACCCCACAGGUGAACGCGAGCUAAACCCACCGCGAAUCCAACGCGCUACUGUUAAACUCUCGAAAAGACCCAAGGAUCUAUUUGAACCGUGGCAUGAGUACGAGUUUGGAUACACUGGAGUGAAGCAAGCACGAGACUUUACAUCAGUCGAAAGGGGUGCCAACAAAUUUGUGUACAGUCGUCGUAAGGUGUUCUGGGAUGAAGUUGCUGGACUUGUACGAGCAGGGUUCACAAGUGACGCUGCUAUUGACAAAGUACGGGCGGCAGCUUUUAGUGACUAA